AUGUAAACUUUUUCUCUUUUGAUCAAAACCACCACCACCCCAUAACCCAUUCAAGGCCUUUUGGCCUCUCUCUCUCUCUCUCACGGUUGCAUUGUAGAUUCCAUUCUCUUACGUAAGGGGGGUGGUGGCUGUGGAGGAAAUCCAAUCCAAUUGAUGUGUUUCUGUUCAUUCAAAGCAGAGAGGCUGAAACAGGAAAAGGACACGUCAAAGGUUGAAAAUGGUGGUGGUUGAUGAUCAAGCUGUGACUGUGGCAUAUUAUGUGGAGGAGCUGCACGAGGAUGUUCCUCUUUCUCACUUCGCUAGGAUCUCUACUUUAAACACGGAUAAGCAAAACAAGACAGUGGAGAAUAAAUACAAGCUCUUGAACAAUCAUAUAAAGCAAGGAACACCUGGUGAUGCACAGAUGUUUGCAAGUUCUGUUAAGGUUGCAACAGAUGGAACAUCCUCUCGUGGUGAGGCCUUGUCAUCUGCUGUUAUUCGAGCAGAGCAGGUCCAAUCAAAAUUGCAACCGGAAUUCCCUAGUUUUGUGAAGUCCUUGGUCAGAUCACAUGUUGCUAGUUGUUUUUGGAUGGGGCUGCCUGUGGCAUUUUGUAAGAGACAUUUGCCAGAAAAGGAUACAACAAUCAUUUUGGAGGAUGAAUCUGGUAAAGAAUACAAGACAAAAUAUAUUGCAUGUAAGACAGGAUUGAGUGCUGGUUGGAGACAGUUUUCUGCUGUACACAAAUUGCAGGAGGGUGAUGUGUUGGUCUUCCAAUUAGUUGAACCUACCAAAUUUAAGGUUUAUAUAAUAAGAGCUAACAAUUUGAGGGAACUAGAUGGGGCACUUUCCCUAUUGAAUCUAGAUAGUUGCACAAAACAAAAAGUGGGAGGCAAAGAUAAUGCGGAUACUGAUGCUGUAACAUGCAAAAGCCCGAAGAGAAAACAUGGUAAAACCGUGCCACUAAAUGUACAAAAGAAAAAGAAGACCAACGUGUCAAGAUUGGGACCUAAGGCUAGGCUGUCUGAAGAAGUAGAAGAAUCUGAAAACGGCAGUGAUGACGCUCUCUCAGAAGUACUGGAGGGAUUUAAAAUGCUUGAAUUCAAAGAUGUUAAAGGUUUUGAAAAUUUCAGCAUCAUAGUUGAUGGAAUGCCAAUAGAUGGUGAAUUCUCUACUGAAGUUCGAAACAAGUACUAUAGACUCUGCUGCAGCCAGCAAGCUUUUCUUCAUGAGAAUCUCAUCAAGGGCAUGAACUAUAAGCUCAUUGCUGGAAUCAUAUCUGAAACUGUUAACAUUGCUGAUGCCAUAAAAGUUAGUGUCAUUUGCACCCCACGUUUCGAAUUUGCUAACUGGGAUAAAACAUUGCUUGCCUUUGAGCAUUUGGGAAUGAAUGUUCAAUUUUUAAGAGUUCGGUUGCGCCGCCUUGUGAGCAUUGCUUAUGAAACAGAUGAUGCCUCAGAGACCAGAAGAUUCUUGGCUUAUAGAAAUGAACACAGUCAAGCAGAUGAUGAAAUAAAGAACAUGGAAACCAAGCUCCAAGAGUUGAAGGGUGCUUGUGAUGAUUUUGGUGCUUAUUUGGAGAGUUUGAAGUGCAAAGCUGAAAGCUAUCAGCUCGAGUUUCAGAAGGAGGUUGCUGCUCCAUGGUGAAACCUCAUAAUGUAUUCUUUGAUUCUAUGAAUGUAUCUAUGUAUUCUGUAAUUGGCUCGUGUCGUUGUCUACACUUUAUGCAUUCUGUAAUCAUAGACGGAAUCUCGACUAAGAUAUCAACAUAUGUAGUGUAUGUGCAGUGAUAUAUGAGUGGCAAAUAGCAUAUCCAAUUAGCCCUGAAUUUUUUUGUACGUUUGUUGUUGAAGGUCAUUUGGAAUAUACCAUAACUCAAUC